ACUAAGUCUCGCCGCCUGCCGCGCUCUGCUCGCCGCUCCGCGUCCCAGCUCUCCCAGCGUCCGCGCCGCUCCUCACGGCCCAGACUUCAACAGACCUUGCCAAAAUGCCAUCUCAAAUGGAACAUGCCAUGGAAACCAUGAUGUUUACAUUUCACAAAUUUGCCGGGGAUAAAGGCUACUUAACAAAGGAUGACCUGAGAGUACUCAUGGAAAAGGAGUUCCCUGGAUUUUUGGAAAAUCAAAAAGACCCUCUGGCCUUGGACAAAAUAAUGAAGGACCUGGACCAGUGCCGAGAUGGCAAAGUGGGCUUCCAGAGCUUCUUUUCCCUAAUUGCAGGCCUCACCAUUGCGUGCAACGACUAUUUUGUAGUACACAUGAAGCAGAAAGGAAAGAAGUAGGCAGAACUGAGCAAUUACUCUACGCUGAUAAGAGUUCUCUCAAAGGAUUGCUUAAGAAAUCUGUCCCACAGCUUCUCCCUGUAUAAGGAUCUCGUGAGCAGAUCAGGACCCUUAGAAAAUGUACAAAUAAAAUCCACCUCCCAUUUGACAAGCAGAGAAAGAAAAGUUAAUUAAAUGCCAGAUAAGCUUUUGAUUUUUAUAUUGUUUGCAUCCUCUUGCCCUCAAUAAACAAAGUCCUUUUUUUAGUUCCAA